CCUGCUGCACUCUGGACACUCUCACGUCUUCAUCGUCAGCUCCACACAACGCCAUGACCCAAAAGGUGGUCCUCAUCACCGGAUGCUCCUCAGGCAUCGGCCUCUCUCUGGCCACACGCAUCGCCAAGGACGAGAAGAAGAGGUUCAUGGUCUACGCCACCAUGAGGAAUCUGAGCAAGGGCGAGGCGCUGGUGGAGGCGGCUGGUCGCACGCUUGGCCGCACUCUGGAGAUCAAGCAGCUGGAUGUGUGCGAUGAGACCUCCAUCAAAAACUGCGUGGACAGCCUGCCAGAGCGCAGGGUGGAUAUCCUCAUCAGUAAUGCCGGCAUGGGCCUGAUUGGACCCAUCGAAUGCCAGUCUAUCGACGAGAUGAAGACCGUCAUGGACACCAACUUCUUUGGACUGGUUAGGCUGCUGAAGGAGAUCCUUCCUGACAUGAAGCGACGCAAGAGAGGUCACAUCGUGGUCAUUAGCAGCGUCAUGGGGAUCCAAGGGAUCCUCUUCAAUGACGUUUAUGCUGCAUCCAAGUUUGCUGUGGAGGGGUUCUGUGAGAGUUUGGCCGUGCAAGCGCUGAGAUUUAAGCUCAACAUCAGUCUAAUCGAGCCUGGUCCCGUCAUCACAGAAUUUGAGCGGAAAGUGUACGAAGAAGGUCUGAAGACAGACCUCAGCAACGCAGACCAAGUGACGGCCGACAUGUUCACCAACAUCUACCUGAAGAACUACAAACAAAUAUUUGAAACGCUCGGGCAGACGGCGGAAGACGUGGCCGAGCACACGCAUAAGAUCAUCACCAUGGACAACCCGCCUUUCCGCCACCAGACCAACACACUUUACACCCCGAUGACCACACUCAAGUAUGCAGACCCCAGCGGUGACUUGCCCAUCGACACCUUCUACAAGAUGGUGUUUGAACACGACAAGGUCUUCAACGCCAGCCUCAACUUCCUGAAACUGCUACGCUGGAGAAGCAGGAAGAGCUUCACCACCGACAAGAGCAACUGAGCACCUCUAUAUGAAUUGGAUGAAUCAUCUCCGCCAUCAAAAAUGUUUAUGACAUUGUGUACCAAAGAAAGUGACGAUUGAGUGCUCUGCAUCAUAUGUAAAUCAUCAUUUGCAGUAGUUGACUAGUAAAUAAGACAAUUAAUCACUUAUGUUUUCUGAU